GUCAGUUCAGCGCAAGGUUUUUAUAGGAAUCCGAGUGGAGGAAUUUACAGCGUUUUAAAUGUUCUUAAAAAGUCUCAAAAUUGGGUAAAAGUUCGUUUUAAUUAGUCCUAAAUUAAUCUACUUCCUCCAGAACCAUCUCACAGCUCUAAACUGCGGCCACUCAAGUAAUCGCCGAUCCCUCUUGCGUCAAAAAGGAAGAGAAAGAAGAACAUCAUCAUUGCCCGAUCUGUUGGUGUGCCGCAUCGUAGUAAAAGAUUCUUCUCAUUUUCCGAUACACGAUUAAUCGUGUGAAUUGGGCGCCGCACGAUGAGGAAUCUUUACCGUGUAUCACAUAAAAUCUACAACCUCUCCGAAACUCCCAUCGCGGAUACCCGGCCCGGCUUUACCGUCGAUCAAAACACGGCGAACAAGUUUUACUUCUUCCAGGAAAGUGGCGUGUUCGGUUGUCCGUUGUAUGCAAACCCGGAGCAGCCCUUCUGCGAACCGCUGCUUGCCCGGUGUGAUGGUUACGAAGACAUUAUAGCGAUCGAACAUCUAGCACUGUCCGAUGAGCUGGUGUGUGCCUCAGCCAAAGGGAAUGUAUGGUCGUACAACGUGACGAGCGGGCAGGUUGAGGAGGUGACGCACUGCGAACACGGCAUCCUAGCGAUGCAAUGGAGCCCGGACCAAGAGUUGGUCGUGUUUGUGGACGGUCGGCUGAACGUUGUUACCAUGAUCGGCAGUGAGUACGAGCCGAUUGGCGAGGUACAGCUGAGCGACGACACGUUUGGCGAUCGGCAGUUUAUGAGCGUCGGCUGGGGCAAGAAAGAAACCCAGUUCCACGGUUCGGAGGGAAAAGCUGCAGCUAGAAAGCCGAAACCGGGCGACGAGCUGAGUGCGGGAGUAGCGGAAGCCGAUCCGUCGGUGAGCGUAAGCUGGCGAGCGGAUGGAGAGUACUUUGCGGUCGGCUAUUUGGCGCCCUUCGGCCAGCGUGCAUUCAAGGUGUUCAACAAGGAGGGUGCGCUACAGUACACGUCGGAAAAGUGUAGCGGGCUGCAGGGAGCGCUCGCUUGGCGACCGUCGGGCCAAUGGAUUGCCAUACCGCAGGAUCUGAAGGAACGGUACGUGAUUGCACUGUUCGAGAAGAAUGGACUGCGCCACCGGGAGAUUCCACUGACGCUGGAUGCGGCCGCCGGUCAAUCGGUGCGCUCCCUGCAGUGGAGCCCCGAUUCGGACGUGCUAGCUGUGCAUUGGGUGGAUGCGGGAACCGGCUCGAGCCACGUGAUGCUGUAUGUAAUUGGAAACUAUCACUGGUACCUGAAGCAACACUUGCGUUACCCGGUCGGUUCAACCAUUGCCGGGCUUCAGUGGGAUCCGCGACAUACCGCCGGCAAAACUUUGCACCUGUACUCACCGGCCAAUCAGCAAUACGAGCGUAUGCGGUUCGACUUUCGCAUUGAUCGAUCGGUGGGACUGUCGGAAGCGGAUCAAGCGUUGGUAGCCGUUAUCGACGGACAGCGUCUGCUGCUGACCUCGUUUCGAAAUGCCAUCAUCCCACCACCGAUGUGCGCUUACACGCUAGAACAGGCCCAUCCAAUCAAUGCGGUCGGUUUCAUUCGUACAGCGGGCCGGUGUGCAGCGCUCGGACAGGACCUAAGCCCGAACGCAUUCUUUACCGUCGAUUCGCAGGGGCAUAUCACCCUGUACGACACGGUGUUUAGCAACGAGACGGGACGAGCCGUUUUGACGGGCGUUACCGUCCUGCUGAAAAUUGCAUUCCACGAUCUGUGCCCUGCAGCUCAAGGUUUACACUAUCUUUGGCUGAACGCGAAUGUGCUUGUGGUGGAUAGCAACACGGUACGGUGCGGUGUUUUCAGCAUUCAGCAACCGCCGGCAAGGAUAUGGCAGCUGGAGCUGGAAUACAGCGACGAAAUCGGAUGCCUCGAAGCGGCUGGAGAGGAUAAAAUGCUUGUGCAGCUGCUGUCCGGUCGCGUGCUAGAGGUCGAUGGAUUGACGAGCAUCGAUCGACCGGGUCACGCCAUCGGGUCGCGCGUCCACAGCGUGCUGCCAGUAUUCUGCGAACAGCUGUACGUCGAUCGCAACCGUCCCGAGCGGACGCUUUAUGCGCUGGCACAGAACAAGCGCCAUCUUUACCGCGCCGGUACGCUGCUCGCGUCGGACAUAACGUCCGCACUGCUGACGGAAAGCUAUCUCCUCUGCACCACCAUUUCCCAGCUAAAGUUCAUCGCUCUGGGCGCGGGCAUUGAUCGGGAACCGAUCGUCGGUGAGCGAAGAGUUGAGCGUGGCUCGAAGCUGGUGACGGUUGUGCCGAAAGCUUCGCGAACCGUAUUCCAGCUACCCCGGGGAAACCUGGAGGUGAUCAAUCCACGCGUCCUAUCGCUAUGCCUGAUCGCGAAACACCUCGACGCGCUGCGGUACUAUGAAGCGUUCGACAUAAUGCGUAAGGAGCGCAUCGAUUUGAAUCUGCUCGUCGAUCACAAUCCGUCACGGUUCUUGGAACAUCUCGCGACCCACUUCCUGGCGCAGAUCACCAACGUUAGCUGGUUGAAUCUGUUCAUAACGGACCUAGCAAAUGAGGAUGCUUGCGACAAAUAUGCCACCAACUAUCUUGAUCGGACAAACGGUCCGGUGCUGUCGACCGGUUACUCGCUGCCGGAAAAGGUCCGUUUCUGCUGUGACCGAUUGCUCGACGCGAUGGAUACGGAUCCGACGGUGCUAACGCAACCCAAAAUCACCUGCUACGUAAAGCAGGGCCAGCUGGCAAAAGCGCUCGCCCUCAUCUGGACGCUAAAGCAGCAUCAACCGGACGUGGCCGAGGAAGCGCUACGCUAUCUGCUGUACCUGGUCGAGGUGAAUGUGCUGUACGACGAGGCGCUCGGGAUGUACGAUUUCGGGCUCGUGCUGUUUGUGGCCACCAAAUCGCAGAAAGACCCGAAAGAGUAUCUUCCCUUCCUGAACGAGCUGAAGCGUAUGGAUGAGAGCUAUCGGAAGUAUCGCAUCGAUUGCCACCUGAAGCGUUACGACCGUGCGCUCGCACACAUUGCCCGGUACGAGACGGAAGAGGACCGGUUCCAGGAGGCACUGGCGCUAAUCGCCACCCAGCAGCUGUACACGGUUGCGUUGCGAUGCUACAGGAGCAGCACCAACCAGGACCACUACCGUCGAGUAUGCGCACUGUACGGUGAUUAUUUGCGCAAGGCCAGCAAGCAUGCCGAGGCCAGCCUGAUGUACGAGAGGGCCGGAGAUUUGCAGCAGGCCAUCGCUUCCGCCCGUCAUGCGCUUGAUUGGCGGCGGGUGAUACGGUUGUCCGCCACCGGUUCGGUACCGGCAGAGCAAGUGUUACGAUCGCUGGUACCGGCCCUGCUGGAAGCAGGUGAGUACGAUGCAGCGGCCACAAUCGCUUACGACCACCUGCAGGAUGCACGGUUAGCGGUUGAGUGUCUGGUGAAGGAUCAUCGGUACGAAAGGGCACUGCUGCUGGCAAACGAACUGCCGGAACUGCAGGCGAAAGUUCGCAGUACGCUGGGCGAAUAUUUGUCCACGCUGGAGGAAACCCUGGAAAGCGAAAGGGAACAGUUUCUGCGUCAAAAGGAUCGACUGGCAACGGUACGGGAGGAACGCUGCCGGAAGCAAUCGUUGGCCGCAGCUGGUGACGAUUAUGGCGAUGCGGAUGGGGACUGCGGUGAUUGUGAUCUUUACUCCGAUAGCUCUACGAUCGCUUCCUCACGCCACACGGGAACAUCCGGACGAUCGGGCAAAUCCCAUCGGUCGAGCAAGAACCGUCGCAAACAUGAGCGCAAAUUGCUAAACCUGAAGGAAGGCAACCCGUUCGAGGAUAUCGCGUUGAUCGAUGCAUUGCACGCGCUGGUCACGCGUGUCUGCGGUGUCGAGCGGCAGCGGCACAUACGCACCGUUUGCCAGGUUGCGCUAGAGCUACGGUACGACGAGCAAGCGUACAAGCUGCAGCAGGCGUAUGGUGCACUGUUUCAGCUGAUACGCUACUCGCUGGACGCCAUUUGGUUGCCGGAAAUGAUAGUGCCCGGGAUGCCGCCGGCGGGCGGUGAUGUGGCUAACGUUGGCGAUGUGCCAGCAACACCGAUUCUAUCGACGACGGAUCUUGCGCGAGCGCAGGAUGCUCAACGUUACGCUUUGAUAAAACCUCAUCAACGCUACAAACCAGAUGUACAGUCCGUUUCCUGGCAAUGGGACAUUUUGAAGUAGGAAGCGAGCACAAAUGUACAUGUGAGCGGUAAUUUUAAAACACACAAAAAAACGAAUUGUUGAAAGUUUAAUAAACUGGAAGACUUGAGGAAGAGAUGUUGCAUGGCUGAGGAA